UCCGGGUCGAUCCGGGAAAUAGGGAGGGUGUGACCCCUCCAGAGAUCCAGAGUGAUCCAGGACAGCCGGAGGGCGCAGCGCUGGGUAAUGCCAGCUUGAUCCAGGACACCUGGAGAUCCACAGGGGCUUCUCCGGGUUCCCAGUCCCCCGGUGUGGCGCAGGACAGGGAAUGUCACCGGGCAAGGGACAGCAGCACGGCCCCGUGCUGGGUGUUGGUGCCACCACUCGCCAGCAGCUCCACGGGAUCCAGGCACAGCAGGAUGGAGUUGGAUUCAUUACCCGAGCUGCCAUGGUGAUCCUGCUGAGCUCUCCAGCCUGUUCUUGGAGAUGGAGCUUUUAUUCCACCCACCAACACCCAGCACACUCCAGGCACCGGGAGCUUUGGGAUGUCCCUCACAGCACCGCCGGCAGCAGCGCGCCCAGCCUUUGCACAAGAAUUGGGAACAAAUCCUGCCCUGAAGCCGCCGGAUUCCUGCAGGAUGCUCAGGGGAGCGAUGCCGAGCGCUCUGCGGGGCGUCACCUGCCUGCAGCUCCUGCUGCUCCUCUCCGCCGCGCAUUCCCGGCCCCACACGUGGGACCAGGACAGGUUCCAGCUGGAAAACAUCAAAAAAGAGAUCCUGGAGCGGCUGGGAAUGCCGGCUCCCCCCGUCAUCCGGCGCCAGCUGGACCAGGAGAGCAUCCAGAGAGCGCAGCGGCUCUACCAGCAGAAAGUGGCGGAGCUGGCGGGGAACCGGAGCCGGGAGGAGGAGGAGGAGGAGGAAGCCGUGUCCAGGAGCCGGCGGCUGCACCGCCUGACCCCCACCUUGUCGCGCUGGUUGGACAUCCCUGAGCGACAUCAGGACUCUCAAGGACACCGGGACGCCCAGGGCCACCGGGAGCCCCGCGGUCCCUACCGCUACCACCUCCUGCUGUCCCGCACCGCGGAUUUCCACCGGCAGCUCCGCGUGGUGCAGGCGGAGCUGAAACUCUUCAAGCACUCGCUGUCGCUGCCCGGCGCCUCGGUGCCACCUCGGGUCACCAUCUACACCCUGCAGGGGGCUCGGGGGACUCCCCAGCUCCUGCGCAGCCAAGAGCUGGAUGGGCAUUCCCAGAGCCUGGACCUGACAGAAGCCAUCCAGCCCUGGGUGGCCGGGCCCGAGGCCACGCUGAGCCUGGAGCUGGAUUUCAGCACCAACAUCUCGGCUGCCCUGGCCACCUCCUGGGGGGAAACGCCGGUGCUGGAGGUGGAAACCCAGGAGAAACCAGCUCGAGCAGCCAGGAGAGCUCGGGGGCUGGAUGAGGAGUGCGGGAAGAGCGAUGGGAAGUGCUGCCUGAAGUCGCUGAAGGUUUCCUUCCAGGACAUCGGCUGGUCCGACUGGGUGAUCGCCCCCAGCAGUUACUACAUGAGGUUCUGCGAGGGUUCCUGCCCCCACAACUACAAACCGGCCAGCAUGCACGCCCAGAUCAAAUCCCGAGUGCACUCCCUGUCCAAGGCUGCCCCUCCACCCUGCUGUGUCCCUGCUGGCUACGACCCCAUGGUGCUGAUGCACCUGGACAGCGAGGGCAGGCUGGUGUCCAGCCUCUUCGAGGACAUGCUGGUCACCAGGUGCCACUGUGCCUGAUGUGUCACCAUCCUGGUGGGGCAGAGCCAUCCCCACUCCUGGCAACUCCAGCAUCUCAAAAUCCCAAUCCUGAGGCACCAAGUGGCUCCAUCCCAGCCCUGGAUCCACCACUGAGCUCAGCUACAGGGUCUUCAGCAUCAGCACCCCAAAAUCCCAAUCCUGUGGUACCAAGUGGCUCCAUCCCAGCUCUGGAUCCACCACUGAGUUUGGCCAUGGGGGUCUCCAGCAUCAGCACCCCAAAAUCCAGAUUCUGUUGCACCAAGUGACUCCACACCAGACCUGGCUCUGCUGUGCAGUUCAGCCCUGGGGUCUCCAGUUCUGCCCCAGUUGUGAACUUCCCCCACAAUAACUUACUCCUCUGUCUCCUCUCUUAUUUAAAUCCAUAUUUUAGGAUUUUUAGCAGGUGGAUCCUUCCCACCCAAGAGACCCCCAUGGGCCAGGGUGGGUCUGUGCCCAUGUGUCCAUAUCCCACUCCAAACCCUCUUCUCUGCUCAGAGACUUAUUUAUGCAAUCCAGUUAUUUAUUUCUAACUUAUUGUAUUUUAUAGCAAAAUAUCCUUUUUUUGG